AUGGAAGCUCUUGAGUUGACCACACCAGCAAAUAUAACCUACUAAAUGGUUUUCAAGCCAUUCUUCUUCUAUAGUAAAUCUCCUUUGGAAGGUUGCUCCGCGAUAACCUAUACUGACAAUAAUAUAACACCAGCAUUGAAGGGCAUCUACUCGGCCUUAUCAAUCAUUUCAAUGGUUUCAUCUAUAUUUAUCGCAAUUACAAUCUUCUACAAUCCAAAGCUCAGAAUCCAUCCUUCUAAGCUAAUUGGAUACAUGGCUGUUUGUGAAGCCUUAUCUUGCUUUAAUGCUCUUAUUUGGGCUAUCAAUCCUAUCGAUUUCAUCUGCUACUUUGGACUCCAUUACAUGUUCAAUUGGACUACUUUUGGAAGUUAAUCAAAGGUUGAAUCUUUACUCUAUCUUUGCAACUCAAACUAGAUAGUUUUCUCAUACUUCCAAACUGUCUCACUAGCUUUUAACUUUUGUCUGUGCCAUGAUUUGGUUUAAACCUUAAGAAAUCCAUUCUCACCAGGAAAAAGAAGAAUGAAGUUUUACUUUGUUGGAUCUAUCCUAGUUGCUGGACUUCUAACCUCUGUUGCUAGGAAAAAUCUUUAAGAUAGAUGCUUCUUAGAAUAAUAACCUAUUGAAAAACCUGAUUCAGAUUAUGCCUCAUAAAGAUUGACAAGACCAGGAAUGAGUGCUGAGGUUAGAUUCGUGUUUAUUCGCAAGCACAUCGCUUAUGUGGCAACUUUCAUAAUCAUUUGGACAUUUUACUUAGCAUAUUCUUACUUUAAACUAUAUAACGCUGGCAUUUAAAUUGAUGCUGAAAAGGAAACUUUAAUGAAUGUUUUGCAAAAUAUCUCAAUUAUUACCGCUAUGUGCACAGGAACAAUCAUGAGUUUAAUCAGAAUAUAGGAACCCUAUUUUAAAUUCUUGAUUAAAAAACAGUUUAAAGCAUUUUUUGGAAUCUUAAUGGAGGAAAAAGACAUUCAGAACUCCCAAUAGUACAUCAAUGACUCCUUGGCGACAUUUUUAACUUCUUCCUUGAAUGUUGAACUUGUUCAUGUUAUCCUUGAGUCCAUCACUAAGCAUACUGUAGGUAAAUUAUACACUGGAGCAGAUUAUUUAUCCUAUCUAAAUGAAGCUAAAAAUUUCACUGAAAAAAACAGAUUCAACAUGGAUACUAUUUAGAUUAGAAAUCCAGAAAAAUGGAAAGUCGCAAAACUCCCAGAAUUUAUUAUUGAUCAUAAUAACGCACCUCAUCAUUCUACUAUUAAACUUUCCAAGCUUAAAGAAGGUGACCUUUCAAGGGGUGCAACCGUUGUAAACAAUCAAUAGAUUACUAGCUAGUCAAAUUAAUCACCUUAACAUAAUGAUGAAGAUGAAGACGUUUUGAUCAUUAAUGAGGAUGUUUAAGUAACUGAGUUUGCUCCAGAUGUUUUUGCCUUUUUGAGAGACCUAGAUGGCUUUGACCAUUCUAAAAUCAAAGCAAGUUUAAGUCCUGAGUUUAACAGAGAUAGUGUUUUCAGAGCUGGUGAAUCUUAAGGAAAGAGUGGUAGCUUUUUCUUUUUCUCCCAUGAUAAGAAUUUCAUCAUCAAAACUAUGACUUAAAGCGACUUGGACACAUUUAAGAAUCUAUUUGUCAAGUAUUUUGAGCAUGUCAGUGCACAUCCUAACUCUUUACUUGCAAGAAUAUAUGGUAUUUACACUGUUUAAAUGGAGGAUGUUGAACCAGUUAAUCUGAUUCUAAUGGGAAAUACAAAGAAAUCCAAUGAUAAAAUGAUCGAGCAUGUCUUUGAUCUUAAGGGAAGUUUUGUAAACAGAGAAGAAAAAGGUAAAAAUUUGAAGAACACAGCAACUCUUAAGGAUCUCAAUUUACUUGCUCUUAAGAAAGAAAAAUUCUUACUCAGAUUUAAGAAAGAUGAUAGACAGGAGAUCAUUGAUAUGAUGGAGAGAGAUUCAGAAAUCUUAAAAGCACAUAAUAUAAUGGAUUACUCGUUACUUUUUGCCAUUGAGAGAAACUCUCAUUAUAAAGGCAUUAAGGGGCCUUCUAGAGCUACUACUAGCACUAACUCUGAUUAAGAUGAUGAAACAGAUAAAACUUUACUUAGAAAUUUUGAUAAAACUAGACAUACUUUCCUUUCUCACAGCGGUAGAUACAUUUAUCAUUUAGCCAUCAUUGAUUACUUACAAGAUUUUAACAUUGAAAAGAAAUUAGAAAACAGACUAAAGAUGAUCAUCAAUAAGCAAGGUGCUGAAAUAUCUGCAAUUGAGCCUAAGGGUUAUUAGACCAGAUACUUGAAGUUUAUGAAGCAAGUCGUCAUCGUUGAUCAGAAGGACGAACAACAGCAGAAGAAAUAGUGA